AUGACGGCAUCGACGUUCUUAGCUGCUGCUGAUGCCUGUGCCAAAGGUUGUGGAGAUGCAAAGCAGGUGGCAGAGGCUCUCAGCGAACUGGAGUCUGGCUCCCUAUGGCACGAGCUGUGCCACGUUGGCUGGGAAAGGCUGCGAGUGGCAGAGUCACAGCUGAGGUCCUUUGCGAUUGAUGAGUUGGCUAAAGCGUGCUGCGGGAAAGCUACCUCUGCUUUCUCUGAACUCUCGAAUGACCUCCUUCGUCCACCUUGGGUGCAACUUCCCUCUCGCGUAGAGGAUGCUUUCAGGACACAACCAGAUGAGUUGGAGGUUCUUUGUACUGUAGACUGCCAUCCUGAUAUGGAUGACACCGGGCUGUGCUGGCACUGCUGGCACAAAGAAGAGUGCAAUGGUCGACCAGCUGAAAUUCAGGAUUUGCUGUAUUUGGCACGACGACUGAGUGGCUCGGCAUCCAUGAGCCACCGAGUUCGCCUGGCAGAAGAGCGAUGGUCUUACUUUCAGCAGCUGGGUGAUGCAGUCGCCAAGUUGGCACCCCGAAAGCUGCUGGUGAUUGGAGGCUUGGGAGUGUCUGCAGUGCAUGCAGCUCAGGCGGUGGUGUUGCUUCCCAAUGCCUCGGAAGCCAUGCAACAAGUCGUGCGGCAGGUCAUGCGUGACAAUGGCGCAUUUGAACGCGUCACGGUUGUCAGCCACCUGGACCCCAUUGACUUGGAGAGCUUUGAUGCCUGUGCACUGGAAGGUUUUGAGCCUGAUGGCCUCCUGGCCACUGGAAUUCUUGAAAUUUGGCAACAGCUUCGCCCGCAGAUGAACAAGGCCAAGGUUCUUCCGGAGCACUUGCGGGUCUCGGUGGCACUGGCAUCUUCGCGGCUAACAGAGGCUGCUGGCGUUCAAGUGGACUUGGAACUUUUCGCAGAUGCUUAUGGCGGCCUGGCUCCCAUACCGCUGGCGGUUUCGCGAUCUGACAGAGGCACUCCCCUGGUACCACAGCAGAAAAGUGCGAAGAAGAACUGCUUGGAUUUGCGCCUCGACGAGCCCUGGUCCACGCAGACCUCAGGAGCGCUCAGUUUGGCGCUUGCAUCCGCUGGUUCAGUGGACUCGUUGCUGUUGUCCUGGGAGCUCUUCUUUGAGAGUGGCAAAGGUUGGAGUGGAGAGAGUCUUCAAGCCUUACCCGCGAGGUCGCAUAACUUGGCAGCCGGUGAUUCUGUGGAUCUAAGAUGGAGCUGCAACUCACAGCGGUUGUGGUUCGAGGUUCCAAAGCUGAGCCUUUUCACAACUGCGCCGCUGCCUCGUGUCUUCCUACUGGAUUGGUACGCCGAAAUGCUCAAUGACGCCUCCCGAAACAUAGCCUUCGCACGUGGUAUCCAUCAAGCGAUUGGGAAAGGAGGCCGCGUCGUUGACCUUGGGUGUGGCUGCGGGCUUUUGGCGCGUUUGGCAUUGCGGCAGAAUGCAACAGAAGCGCUCGCAGUAGAGAUUGCACCACAUUUGGCGCGCUUGGCACAGAGGCUCUUGCCAGAGGCCAAAGUGAUUUGUGGAGACAUUCGUGCUGUGAUGGUGGAUGAGGAUCAACGCUUUGAUCUGGUGGUAGCCGAACUCUUGGACGCUGGUGGAUUGGGUGAGAAGAUCGUGCCUUUCCUCCGACAUGCCAAGAGCAGGCUCUUGCGGCCAGGCGGCCGCUGUUUGCCAAGGAGCCUGCGCCUGCGUGCAGCUCUGCUGGAUCUGCGUUUGAGUAGAGAGGGACAUGGCCUCGAUUUGUCCGCAUGGGAGCCCUUUUGGGUCCCUGCGCGAGCGAGCUCUGGGGAGUGGUUGGGCAUAGAUCUUGAUGCCGGUGCCGACUGGCAACCAGUGUCGGAUGUUGUUGAUUUGUUCAACUUGAACUUCGAGGCUUCUCAAGGCGAGCUCAUUGAGGCGUUACAGGAGCAGGAGAUCGACUUCAAGCUUUUUCCAGAUGCCCGCAGAUGCAAUGCUGUCGCAUGGUGGUUUGAAGCGGACUUGGGGAUUGGAGAGCUAGGCUCUUGCGAUCUGACCAGCGCUCCUUCGCGUUUCCGACCUGCAAGCUGUGAGCCAACACAUUGGGUACAAGCCGUAGCAGGUCUUGGGCCUUUCGACCACUUCACGGGGGAACGUCACCUGCUCAUGCGUGUGCGCACGGACGGCGUGCAGAUCACCUGGACGCCGCUGAAUGCCCCGGUGCCACAAGAGGACCACAGUUUCGUGGCUGCAUGGCGUCAAGAAACUGCGGAGGUAGAUCAACAGCUGCGAGACCUGGAGCGACAUCUUACGACGGGCGGUGACUUGGCACGCUUGGCCGCAGUGAAAAGCGCUGCUUUGAUGCUGGCAGCUCAACCGAAUCGCUUUGGAUUGGAGGCCACGCCAGAGGUGGUGACCCGCCUGCUCAAGGCCUUGUUCGUGUGA